AUGAGCGACCACCCCAAGCGCGCAGAGUCUGUGACCGUCACUCCCAAGCGAGCAGGUGACGGGGCAAGAGUGUACGACGUGCAGCUCGACCUCACCAUCAUCGAGCCGCUGUUCCACAUGCGACAGGAGGACGCCGCCAAGUUUCUGGGCAUCUCCUUGACGAGCCUCAAGAAGGCCUGUCGUAUGCUCGGCAUACAGCGAUGGCCCUACGCUCGCCUGAGGAACGAGCGAGCGGGGGACUACUCUCGCCACAUGAGCGGCGGCAGCGGCAAUGGCGACAGCAUGAGCGGCGACGGCGGGAGCCCAAGCGAUGAAAACGGGCUAGACGAGGAAGCGGGAGCGACGAGUAGCAGCAGCAGGCUGCCCGACCAGCAGAACGCACACGCAGACCCUCCUGGGUCAUCGUCAAGCUCGCAAGAAGCUCAGGCCGCCAUGGCACACCCGAGCGGAGCGGAGGGGAGCAGCACAUACAUGUCGUCAAGCAGCAGGACCCCUCCCAGGCCGGGAGCCGACGGGAAGAGCAGCUCGCAAAGCCGGGGCGAGUCAGGGUCAGGGUCGCGGGAGUCAGCCGCUGAGUCCUCGCAAUCGAUCGAUGCGAACUGGCUCGAGUGGUACUUGGCAGGCGAAGAACAAGAGUCACUGUGA